AUGGCAAGAAAUAAAUUGAAAAAAUUCACUACUUUGGAGAUUAUCCUUAGUGUCCUUCUGCUCGCAGUGUUCAUCAUCGCUGUUGUUUUAAUUGUGCUUUUAGCAACAGGUUCUACAGAAUCAAAAGCCCCAGAUCCUGGGACCACAAGUAUCACCCCUAAUUCUACUGAAUGCCCAGUGGUAACUGAAUGCCCAGUGGUAACUGAAUCUGAACGGAUAAACUGCAUCCCUGACCAGCCACCAACAAAGGCUACAUGUGACGGGCGUGGCUGCUGUUGGGAAGCUCAGGGAGCCAUAGGUAUUCCUUGGUGCUACUAUUCAAAGAAUCAUGGCUACCAAGUGCAGGGGGAUCCUGUAAACACAAAUGCAGGAUUCACAGCCCAGUUGAAAACUCUGCCUUCUUCAUCCCCAUUUGGAAAUAAUGUUGACAACGUUCUUCUCACAGCCGAAUACCAGACAUCCAACCGUUUCCAUUUUAAGUUGACUGACCAAACCAAGGACAGGUAUGAAGUGCCCCAUGAACAUGUACAACCCUUUAAUGGAAAUGCUGCUGCUUCCUUGAACUAUGAAGUUGAGGUCUCUAAACAGCCAUUUAGCAUCAAAGUGACCAGAAGAAGCAACAAUCGUGUUCUGUUUGACUCAAGCAUCGGGCCCCUCCUGUUUGCGGAUCAGUUCCUGCAGCUCUCCAUCCGCCUGCCUAGUGCUAAUGUGUAUGGUCUGGGAGAACAUGUACACCAACAAUACCGGCAUGACAUGAAUUGGAAGACCUGGCCCAUAUUUACCAGGGACACAACCCCCAAUAAGGAUGGAAAUAACUUGUAUGGUGCUCAGACAUUUUUCCUGUGCCUUGAAGAUGCUAGUGGAUUAUCCUUUGGGGUGUUUCUGAUGAACAGCAAUGCCAUGGAGGUCACCCUCCAGCCUGCCCCAGCAAUCACUUACCGUACCAUUGGGGGCAUUCUUGACUUCUAUGUGUUCCUGGGAAACACACCAGAGCAAGUUGUUCAAGAAUAUCUAGAGCUUAUUGGACGGCCAGCUCUACCUUCAUACUGGUCACUUGGAUUCCACCUCAGCAGGUAUGAGUAUGGAACCCUAGAAAACAUGAAAGAAGUCUGGAAGAGAAACCGGGCAGCACAACUCCCUUAUGAUGUUCAACAUGGCGAUAUUGAUUAUAUGGAUGAGAGGAGGGACUUCACGUAUGACCCAGUGGAUUUUAACGGCUUUCCUGAGUUUAUUAAGGAGUUACACAAUAACGGACAGAAAUUUGUUAUCAUUGUGGAUCCAGCCAUCUCCAACAACUCUUCCCAGAGCCAUCCCUAUGGCCCAUAUGACAGGGGCUCUGCUAUGAAGAUAUGGGUGAAUAGUUCAGAUGGAGUGAAUCCACUCAUUGGGGAGGUAUGGCCUGGUAAAACUGUGUUUCCUGAUUACACCAAUCCCAACUGUGCUGUUUGGUGGGCAAAGGAAUUUGAGCUUUUCCACAGUGAAGUGGAGUUUGAUGGAAUCUGGAUUGAUAUGAAUGAAGUCUCCAACUUUGUUGAUGGUUCAGUUUCAGGAUGUUCCACAAACAACCUCAAUUAUCCCCUCUUCACUCCAAGAGUCCUGGAUGGGUAUCUCUUCUCCAAGAGUCUCUGCAUGGAUGCAGUACAGCACUGGGGCAAGCAGUACGAUGUCCACAACCUGUAUGGCUACUCCAUGGCGAUCGCCACAGCAGAAGCUGUCAAGACUGUGUUCCCUAAUAAGAGAAGCCUCAUUAUAACCCGUUCUACCUUUGCGGGAUCUGGCAAGUUUGCAGCGCAUUGGUUAGGAGACAAUGCAGCCACCUGGAAUGACCUUCAGUGGUCCAUCCCUGGCAUGCUUGAGUUCAACCUUUUUGGUAUUCCAAUGGUGGGUGCAGACAUAUGUGGCUUUGCAUUGGAUGCCCCUGAGGAGCUCUGCAGGCGGUGGAUGCAGCUGGGAGCAUUUUAUCCAUUUUCCAGAAAUCACAAUGGCCGAGAAUACAAGGACCAGGAUCCUGCCUCCUUUGGAGCUGACUCCUUGCUGAUGAAUUCGUCCAGGCACUACCUUAACAUUCGCUAUACUUUAUUGCCUUACCUGUACACUCUCUUCUACUAUGCUCAUAGCCGAGGGGACACAGUGGCCAGACCUCUUCUACAUGAGUUCUACCAGGACAGUGAAACUUGGGAUGUGCACCGGCAGUUUUUAUGGGGCCCAGGUCUCCUCAUCACUCCAGUUCUGGAUGAGGGUGCAGAGAAAGUAACGGCAUAUGUGCCUGAUGCCAUCUGGUAUGACUAUGAAACUGGGGCCCAAUUGAGAUGGAGGAAGCAAAAAGUUGAGAUGGAAAUUCCUAGAGACAAAAUCGGACUUCACCUUCGAGGAGGCUAUAUCUUCCCCACACAGCAGCCAAGUACAACGACUAUGGCCAGUCGACGGAACCCUCUUGGUCUCAUUAUUGCCCUGGAUGAGAACAAAGAAGCAACAGGAAAACUUUUCUGGGAUGACGGGGAAACCAAAGAUACUGUGGCCAAUAAAAUGUAUCUUUUAUGUGAAUUUUCUGCCACCCAAAACCGCCUGGAUGUGAAGAUUUCACAAGCAACCUACAAGGACCCCAAUAAUUUAGCAUUUCAGCAGAUUAAAAUCUUUGGGACACAGAAACCCAACAACGUUACAGUGAAACACAAUGGUGUCCUKAGUCAGACUGCUCCCAAGGUCACAUAUGAUGCUCAGCUGAAGGUUGCCAUCAUCACAGAGAUCAGUCUUGUGCUGGGAGAGGAAUACACAGUGGAGUGGAACACARUCAUCAGAGAUGAAGAAAAAAUAGACUGCUACCCUGAUGAGCACGGUGCUUCUGAAGCAAACUGCAUUGCCCGAGGCUGUGCCUGGGAGGAAUCCAGUUCUGUUGGAGUCCCUCAUUGUUAUUUUGUCAAUGAUCUGUACUCUGUGAGCAAUGUCCAGUACAACUCCCAUGGGGCCACGGCUGACAUCUCCUUAAAGCCUUCUGUUUAUGCCAACAACUUCCCCUCCACACCUGUGAAUCCCCUUCACCUGCAGGUGACCUACCAUAAGGAUGAAAUGCUGCAAUUUAAGAUUUAUGAUCCCAACAAUAGUCGGUAUGAAGUCCCAGUCCCCCUGAACAUUCCCAGGGCUCCAUCCAGCACUUCCGAGAAUCGACUCUAUGAUGUCCUCAUUAAGGAGAAUCCAUUUGGGAUUGAAAUUCGCCGGAAGAGUACAGGCACUGUAAUUUGGGACUCUCAGCUCCUUGGCUUCACCUUCAAUGACAUGUUCAUCCGCAUCUCCACCCGCCUGCCCUCCAAGUACAUCUAUGGCUUUGGGGAAAAUGAGCACACAGCCUUCAGGAGAGACUUGAACUGGCACACGUGGGGCAUGUUUUCCAGAGAUGAACCCCCUGGGUACAAGAAGAAUUCCUAUGGCGUCCACCCCUACUACAUGGGACUAGAGGAGGAUGGCAGUGCCCAUGGAGUUCUCCUGCUGAACAGCAAUGCCAUGGAUGUGACAUUCCAGCCUACGCCUGCCCUCACAUACCGCACCACAGGGGGAAUUCUGGACUUUUAUAUGUUCUUGGGGCCAACUCCAGAGCUUGUCACCCAGCAGUACACUGAGGUGAUUGGACGGCCUGUGAUGGUACCUUAUUGGUCCCUGGGUUUCCAGCUGUGUCGCUAUGGAUAUGAGAAUGACUCUGAGAUCGCCAGCUUGUAUGAGGAGAUGGUGGCUGCCCAGAUCCCUUAUGAUGUGCAGUACUCAGACAUUGACUACAUGGAGCGCCAACUGGACUUUACCCUCAGCCCCAAGUUUGCUGGGUUUCCAGCCCUGAUCAAUCGCAUGAGGGCUGAUGGGAUGCGGGUCAUCCUCAUCCUGGACCCAGCCAUUUCUGGCAAUGAGACAMAGCCCUAYCCYGCCUUCACUCGGGGAGUGGAGGAUGAUGUCUUCAUCAAAUAUCCAAAUGGUGGAGGCAUUGUCUGGGGAAAGGUGUGGCCUGAUUACCCUGAUAUUGUUGUUAACAGCUCUCUAGACUGGGACAGUCAAGUGGAGGCAUACCGAGCUUAUGUGGCCUUCCCAGAUUUUUUCCGUAAUUCAACUGCCUUGUGGUGGAAGAGGGAAAUUGCAGAACUAUACUCUAAUCCACAGAAUCCAGAGAAGAGCUUGAAGUUUGAUGGCAUGUGGAUUGAUAUGAAUGAACCAUCGAGCUUUGUCAAUGGGGCUGUUCCUUCAGGCUGCAGUGAUGCCAGUCUGAACCGUCCUCCCUACAUGCCACAUUUGGAGUCCAGGGACCGGGGCCUAAGCAGCAAGACCCUGUGCAUGGAGAGUGAGCAGAUCCUUCCAGAUGGCUCCCGCGUGCGACACUAUGAUGUGCACAGCCUGUAUGGGUGGUCCCAGACCAGACCCACAUAUGAAGCUGUGCAGGAGGUGACUGGACAGCGAGGGAUCGUCAUCACCCGCUCCACAUUCCCCUCCUCUGGCCGCUGGGGAGGACACUGGCUGGGAGACAACACUGCCGCAUGGGACCAGCUGAAGAAAUCUAUCAUUGGCAUGAUGGAGUUCAGCCUCUUUGGCAUCUCCUAUACAGGAGCAGAUAUCUGUGGGUUCUUUCAAGAUGCUGAGUAUGAGAUGUGUGCUCGCUGGAUGCAGCUGGGAGCCUUUUACCCCUUCUCCAGGAACCACAACACCAUUGGCACCAGGAGACAAGACCCUGUGUCCUGGGAUGCUGCCUUUGUGAAUAUUUCCAGGAGUGUGAUGGAGACCCGAUACACCCUGUUGCCAUAUCUGUACACCUUGAUGUUCAAGGCCCACACGGAGGGCAGCACUGUGGUGCGGCCUCUUCUGCACGAGUUUGUGUCAGACCCGGUGACAUGGGACAUAGAUAAUCAGUUCCUGCUGGGUCCAGCCUUUCUUGUCAGCCCCGUGCUGCAGGCUAAUGCCAGAAAUGUGAAUGCCUAUUUCCCCGAGGCCCGCUGGUAUGAUUACUACACA